UCCACUUUCAGGAGGAGUUCAGGUACGCCGUGACCACCACCACCAGUGAGUGAGUGAGCGAGCGAGUGCAAUCCAAUGGACGACCUGCGGCUGUCCCCGUGCAACUCCUUCUCCCCGCCCUCGCCGCCGCCCUUCUUCUCCCACGCCGGCCACCCGAUCAUCGAGUUCACCUCAUGCGAGGUCCCCGAGCAAUGGCUGCUCGGUGACGUCGUCGUCGCCAAGAACGAGGGCUACGACGACGGGGACGACCUGUGGCCCGUGGGGAGCACCCUCUCGACGGACUCCGAGCUCUCCGUGCAGCCGGCGCCGCCUCCACAGCCGGCGCCGCAGCAGCAGGAGCCCGGCGCCACGGUCCCGGCGCAGCGCCCGGGGAAGCGGCGGGGCCGGAAGCCCGGCACCCGCCCGGACGGCCCCACCGUCAGCCACGUGGAGGCUGAGCGGCAGCGCCGGGAGAAGCUGAACCGCCGAUUCUGCGACCUCCGCGCCGCCGUCCCCACCGUGUCGCGGAUGGACAAGGCCUCCCUCCUCGCCGACGCCGCCGCCUACAUCGCCGAGCUCCGCGCCCGCGUCGCGCGGCUCGAGGCCGAGUCGAGGCGCGCCGCUGCCGCGAGGUGGGAGCCACCCGUCGCCGCCUCCUCGUGCGGCCCCCCGGGAGCCCCCGGCCACGGCGACGAGGCGGUGGAGGUGCGGAUGCUGGGGCCCGACGCGGCCGCGGUGCGAGCGACGAGCGCCGCCCCGCACGCCGCCGCGCGGCUGAUGGUGGCGCUCCGCUCCCUGGAGCUGCACGUCCAGCACGCCUGCGUCACCCGCGUGCACGGCAUGACCGUGCAGGACGUCGUCGUCGACGUGCCCGCCCAGCUCCAUGACGAUGACGGCCUCCGCGCCGCGCUGCUCCAGAUGCUGCAGGACAGCGGCUAGGCAGCUCGUAGAGAGCUCAUCGAUCUCCUUCCCGUCCAUCUAUCCAUCCAUACUGUAACAGUUCUCGGUCGCGUACAAGCAGUGCUAAAAUGGAGCGGACCAAGGUAGGUAGAUGCUAAUGUUGAUUGGGAGGAUAAUUAAAACGAUGGGUAAUCCAUCGUGUGUGGAUGUCGUCUCUGCCUGUCCAUGGAAUAAAGUGCACACUAGCUAUAGCUGCUGCUCAAGGGCUCAAUUGGGUUCUGUUGCAACCAGAAGCACUCAUGCCUAAGGUUCUUCUUGGAUCCAACAUCAUCCCACGAUCCAUCCAAACGGUGGUGCCCAAAAACGACUCACGACCAAGGUGUAAGUGCGUGCAUGUCAACAUAUGAGUAGUACUCUACUCUAGUGUGUAUUGCGUUGCUAAAUUAUAUUAUGGAUUUGCAUUGUUUGCUGUAUGACA